AUGGGUCGUCGAAUCGUCUCCAGCGGCUGUCACCCGGCAGAGCGGAAAAACGACGACUUUGCAGCUCUCCGAUGGCUGUCACUUGACGGAGAGGAGCUGGAUGGAGGUGGGGCACGUGUCAGGGAGCUUCAUCCUCAGGUCCGCACAGCAAAAGGAGGCUCUUCAUUGCAUCUGGUACGCUCUCAGGAGGUGGCGACUCGUCUCCCGGUAGAUCGUCCUCUUCCCGACGACGGCUUGUUCGUCGAUUAAUCAGAGAUGAUUUACUCGAUGAAUUCGCGAUCCUUUUAUCGUGAAUCCUUCAGCAAUUUUAGUAACAUUGCUCCGCGAAUCGCGUUGACGAGAUUUUCGCCGAUGAUCCAGCGAUUCUAGUUGCUUAAUCCUUCACUGGUGAUCUGCAGGAAAGUCACGAUAAUUAGAUAAAAAUAUGAGUUUUGGCUCUAGGAGGAUUCGAACCCGCGCCAGUUGCCCCGCCUCUUCUGAGGAAGGUGACGAGUUUAGUCCCACAUCAGUUGUGCGCCGAAUUUUUGGGCGAAUAUAUAGUAAUGUUACAUUUCUAAGCAAAGUCCCUUUCUCGCGCAUGUACGAUCACUCCUUGCCCCAUAGUUGGCUGGCCACCGGUGACGUGGAAGGGGAGUGGCGUACACGUGCCUCCAUUAGUUUAAGCCGCUCGAGCCCCUGCUCACGGCUCAUGCCUGACUGUGCUUCCGACCUGCUUGCGGGCCUGGCUGGCCGGCGGGUCCCCCUGAUUUUGCUACAUUUUUAUUUUAAUUUCUUUUCCUUCAUUUAUCUCAAAAGUAAGACUAUAAAAAUCGUAUAAAAUCACAUAAUUACCCAAAAAUUCACGUUAAUCAAUUGAAAACCACUUUUCACACUUUAACACAAAUAUAAGUCUAUUUAUCAUGAGUUGAGGCUAAAACUAUAUUAUUUACUAAUUAUUAACUCAUGAUAAUGAAGACUUAUCACCUAGCACUAGGAGGAGCCAAUUGUGAACCAUCAGAGCCACAACAAACCCAUCGACUGAUGGCAGCAGAGGAAUCUAUUGAAACCCAACCUCAUCGGUGGUGGAAAUUUCUGAUAUUUUUUGACUCUAACCUAGAAGGAUGGGUCUAUUAUGUGGAGCUAUAUUUCUCCACCUACUGACUGACAACACCCAAACAACUAGUAGAGGCAUGUCAUAGUAUGAGAGUGAAAGCCCUCUAUUGGCUCUAAUGGGUUAAAUCUCAUCAAACAUUCCACAGUUAGGAAGAUCUGAAAUAUUGACUAUUAGAGCAUUACAGAGACAAGUAUUUCAGCUCCCUUUGCCAAUAGUUCCUUGAACUCAAGUAGAUAGACUCGGUAGAGGGCUAUCGUGAAUAACUUGAAGUCAUGUUUGGUGUUCUUUGUGACAUACUAGAUGUCAUAUUAGAAGGAAACUUUUUCAAGGGCCUGUGAUGGGAGAUUCAAGCUAAAAUUAUCGUUCUCAACCCAUAAGGAUUAGAGGUGAUAAUGAGGAUGGCCCAAAGGAUAGAGACCAAACUACUAACAUUGACUAACAUGGGAUGACUAUGGUAGGGUAGAGGGCCGGAGAGAGGCCUUCGGUGUACGACAGGUGCCAACAACAUGUUCCGUCAACUGGAGUGAGCAAUCGAGAAGGAGGAUAGGGAUCUAGCCCAACCAUUGUGGGUGCUCCAGCCCUCAUAGGUGGUGGACCUCCGGUAGAUCGUUGACAGCACUUACACCUCACGGCGGCAGAAAUCCAGGUCUGAAGGGCCUAAGGCAUGUGUUUCCAUUGCGAUGAGAAGUUUGUGCCAAGCCAUUAGUGCAGAUGUGAAUUGAAUAUCCUAUUCAUGUUAGCUGACUCUAACUACCUACAAGACGACAAAAAAGAGGAGGAGCUCUCUUAGGACACCUCUUGGAUGAUGGUGAGAUCAUCUAGCUUGAAGUUGCCCUCCACUCACUCGCAAGCCACUCAAAGAGACGGUCCAAGGACGAUUGGUCUCUACCUUGCUCAACAUGGGGUGACAUUCAACUUUAUUAGCAAUCGCCUGGUUCACGAGUUGUAGCUACCCAUCAUUAAGAUGACAUGAUACUAGGUGACCACCGACAUAAACGAGAUGGUUUUUAGCUCAUAAAUGUUCCAAAGCCUCAUUGUGGACCUUUUAGAAAUCGUCAUUUUAGGCAAUUUCCUCUUCUUUCCUCUAGCCUCGGUUGACAUAAUCCUAGACAUGAAAAGGGUGCAGGAAAGGCACAAGCUCGAGCUAUACCUUGAUGACUAGACCCUGUCAUUCCCUGCCAGCACGGAGAAAGUGACGCUCAUGGUGGAACCACUUGACAAGGGUACCCAACUCCACCUAGACACCUUGGUCAGCCAACCCUACAAAGGUGAAAUAUAUUUCAAAUUGUUCCAACUUGAGUUAGGCAAAGUUAAGGCAAUCGAUGGAUGACAAGCGGUAAAGCUCCAAUUGUGUAUUUUAUAAGUCUUCAUUGACAUUAUUGACCUUCCCCCAUGUAGUGACCAGGAGCACUACAUCAUUGUAAAAUAGAAAAGCCAAACUAUUCACACUUGUCCCUUUCACUACCCUCACUUUUAAAAAAUGAGUUAGAGAAGUAGGUGGCAGCAAUGUUGGUAAUUCUAGACGUCUGUGGACAAGCUCAUUGACGAGCUGCAUGGAGCCACGGUGUUCUUAAAGCUAGACAUGUUUUCUUAUUACCAUCAAAUUUAUUACGUGUAGAGGAUGUGCCCAAGAUGGCAUUCUAGACACAUCAUAGAUAUUACAAGUUCCUCGUAAUGCCCUUCGGCUUAUCCAGCACCUUAGUGACCUUCCAGGCCAUGAUGAACUUCAUCUUCACACAUUUUUUACGAAGAUUCAUGCUGUUCUUCAACGACAGUGUCGUCUACAGUUGGACUAAUAACGAACACAAGAGCCAUCUUCUCAAAGUAUUUCUCAUCCUUCUUGAGCAUUAAUUCCACAUUCACCCCAAGAAGUGUAUGUUCAAUUAGAUAAGGAUCAGGUACCAAGGUCACUAGAUCUCUAACGUGAUUUAGUUGUUGUAUAGUAAAUCACGUAAAUUUAAAAUUUAUAAAACUAGAAAAUAUAAUUUUCAGAUAUUUAGAAGUAUUUUUGAACAAAUAUAUUAAUUAUAAUUCAAUAAAACUUCCAUAAAUAGUGAUAAUUUUCUAAGUCGAUCACAGAGAUAUAAUAUAAUAUUAAGUAAUUAUUUAGAAUUUUCCUCAAAUAAUACUAUUUUCUAUGAAUUUUACAUUAGGAAAUGAAAAUAAAUUAUAUUUAAAAUUCACAAAAAAGAAAAAUAAGGGUGCGGAUGUCAGGAUGAUGUCAGCGCCCGACGAACACGAAUCAGGCGAAAAUAGAGUUCUAUCUAGCAGUAAUUACAUAAGUGAUUACAUACGAUUUAAUUGAUCAAAUUAAGAUCUAUAAAAGCUAAAAGAAUCAUAAUUGAAUUAAGUAUAUCUUGAUAAAUUUAAAUCACACAAAUUAUCACUAAAUGAAGUGAAAAUUAAGUUAAAAGUAGGAAAAUAGAGUUCCGACAUUGAGGUGACGAUGCGUCAAUGAUGCACUAAAAUUUUGAACGUUCGGGUGGAUUGUCGUGUAGUGUCCACGGCCUUGAAGGCUCUCCUUAGACAAGGACUACAUGGGCAAUCUCUAGAUCUCCUUGCGAAGUCUAGAGAUCAAUGAAAUGGGUCGUUGAAUCAUCUUUGAUGGCUGUCACCCGGCAGAGCAGAAAAAUGACAAUUUUGCAGCUCUUCGGUGGCUGUCACCUAUCAGAGAGGAGCUGGAUGGAGGUGGGGCACGUGUCAGGGAGCUUCAUCCUCAGGUCCGCACAGCAAGAGGAGGCUCUUCAUCGCAUCCGAUAUGCUAUCAAGAGAUGGCAACUCAUCUCUCAGCGGAUUGUCUUCUUCCCGACAAUGGCUUGUUCGUCGAUCAAUCAGAGAUGCUUUACUCGAUGGAUUCACGAUCCUUUUAUCGCGAAUCGUUUAGUAAUUUUAGUAACAAUGCUUCGCGAAUCAUGUUGACGAGAUUUUCGCCGAUGAUCUAGCGAUUUUGGCGGCUUAAUCCUUCACCGACGAUAUGCAAGAAAGUCACGAUAAUCAGAUAAAAAAUAUGAGUUUUGGUUCUAGGAGGAUUCGAACUCACGCCGAUUGCUCGCCUACGUGAGAGAGAUUGAUAUAAGUACUCUAAUGCUCUUAUAAAAUGAUGUCAUCAUGGUAUAUCUCUAUUAUAAAUAAUGGGUAUUGUAGGUAUUAAAAUCAUCAAAGCCUUCUAGGGAAGGUGUGAUGCAGGUUUAGUCCCACAUACUUGUGUGUUGAAGUUUUGGAUGAAUAUAUAGUAAUAUUAUACUUGCAAGUAAGUCCCUGACGUGACUCAGUCAUUGUAUAUUAAAUCACGCAAAUAUAAAAUUUAUAAAACUAGAAAAUACGAAUUUUCAGAUAUUUAGAAGUAUUUUUGAAUAAAUAUAUCACUUAUAAUUCAAUAAAACUUCCAAAAAUAGCGAUAAUUUUCCAGGUCGAUCACAGGGAUGUAAUAUAAUAUCUGGUAAUUAUUCCAAAUUUUUCUCAAUGAAUACGAUUUUCUAUGAAUUUUAUACUAGGAAAUGAAAAGGAAAUAUAUUUAAAAUUCACGAAAAAGAAGGAAAUAAGGGUGCGGACGUCAAGAUGACGUUAGCGCCCAGCAAACGCGAAUUGGGCAGAAAUAGAGUUCCGCCCGAUGAUUCUUACGAAAGCGAUUACAGACAAUUUAGUUAAUCAAAUUAAGAUCUGUAAAAGCCGGAAGAAUCGUAAUAGAACAAAGUAUAUUUUGGUAAAUUAAAAUCACAAAAAGUAUCACUAAAUGAAGCGUAAAGUAAGUUUGAAAGCAGGAAAAUAGAGUUCCGGCGUCGCGACGGUGAUGCGUCGGCGAUGCACCGGAAUCCUGAGCGUUUGGGAGGAUCGUCGUGCAGUGUCCACGGCCUCGAAGGCUCUCCUUGGACAAAGACGACGUGGGCAAUCUCUAGAUCUUCUCGUGAAGUCUAGAAAUUAAUGAAAUGGGUCGCCGAGUCGUCUCUGGCGGCUGUCACCCGGCAGAGCGGAAAAACGGCGACUUUGCGGCUCUCCGGCGGCUAUCACCCGACGGAGAGGAGCUGGAUGGAGGUGGGGCACGUGUCAGGGAGCUUCAUCCUCAGGUCCGCGUAGCAGGAGGAGGCUCUUCAUCGCAUUUGGUACGCUCUCAAGAGGUGGCGACUCGUCUCCCGGCGGAUCGUCCUCUUCCCGACGACGGCUUGUUCGUCGAUCAAUCGGAGAUAAUUUACUCGAUGGAUUCGCGAUCCUUUUAUCGCGAAUCGUUCAGCAAUUUUAGUAGCAAUGCUCCGCGAAUCGCGUUGACGAGAUUUUUGCCGAUGAUCUAGCGAUUCUGGUUGCUUAAUCCUUCACCGGCAAUCUGCAGGAAAGUCGUGAUAAUCAGAUAAAAAAUAUAUGAAUUUUGACUCUGGGAGGAUUCAAACCCGCGUCGGUUGUCCGCCCCUUUUGAGGAAGGUGUGACGCGGGUUUAGUCCUACAUCGGUUGUGCGCCGAUUUUUUAGGCGAAUAUAUAGUAAUGUUAGCUUUCUAAGCAAAGUCCCUUCUCUCGCGUGUACGACCACUCCUUGCCCCACAGCCGGCUGGCCACCGGUGACGUGGAAGGGGAGUGGCGCACACAUGCCCCUAUCGGUCCAAGCCGCUCGAGCCCCUGCUCGCGGCUACUCCCCGACUGAGCUUCCGACCUACUUGCGGGCCCGGCUGGCCGGCGGGUCCCCCCCCCCCCAUUUUGCAAUAUUUUAGUUUUAUUUCUUUUUCUUCAUUUAUCUCAAAAGUAAGACUGCAAAAAUCAUAUAAAUUCGUAUAAAAUCACAUAAUUACCUAAAAAAUCACAUUAAUCAACUGAAAACCACUUUUCACACUUUAACACAAAUAUAAGUCUAUUUAUCACAAGUUAAGGCUAAAACUAUAUUAUUUACUAAUUAUUAACUCAUGAUAAUGAAGACUUAUCAGUCCCUUUCUCUCGCGUGUACGACCACUCCUUGUCCCACAACUGGCUGGCCACCGGUGAUGUGAAAGGGGAGUGGCGCAGACGUGCCCCUACUAGUCUUAGCCGCUCGAGCCCCUACUCGUGACUCCUCCCCAAUUGCGCUUCCGACCCACUUGUGGCCCCAAUUGGCCGGCGGGUACCCCCUAUUUUGCUAUAUUUUUAUUUUUAUUUCUUUUUUUUCAUUUAUCUCAAAAGUAAGACUGUUAAAAUCAUAUAAAUUCGUAUAUAAUCACAUAAUUAGCCUACAAAUCAUGUUAAUCAAUUGAAAACCACUUUUCACACUUUAACACAAAUAUAAGUAUAUUUAUCAUGAGUUAAGGCUAAAACUAUAUUAUUUACUAAUUAUUGACUCAUGAUAAUGAAGACUUAUCAAUCUCUAUAGAUGAUGUCACUAUCAACCUAGAGAAGAUUGUUACAGUUCACUAGUGGUCAUCACCCAUGAUGUUUUACAACCUUUAAAGAUUCUUGGGUUCCUCUAGUAUUACUAACUUUUUGUCUACAACUUCGGAAAAAUUUCUUGGCCACUGACAUAAUAGCUGAAGAAGAAGGCAUUCUGCUCCUAAUGGUCGAUGAAACCUUUUAACAGCUCAAACAGACCUUAACGAUAGUUAGCACUGUCAGACUUCUCUACCACAUUUAAGCCUUUCAAUGGUUUGAGUUAGAUGCCUCUAGACAUGGCAUAGGAGUGGUUCUCAUGCAACAUUGAAGACCAAUGGCAUUCUUCAGUUGGGCAUUGGCACCAACCCACCACCAAAAGCCCACUUAGGAGCGUGCGCUCACUGUCAUUGUCUUAACCACCCUCAAGUGACAGCAUUACCUUCUUGGUCACAUGUUCUAGAUUUACACAUACUAGUAGAGUUGAAAGAUUUUUCUAGAGCAACAACAGGUCCUUUCAAAUUAUUAGAAGUGGUUGGUGAAGAUUAUCUUGUUUGACUUCUAAAUAUGCUUCAAAUUAGGCCAUGAGAAUUGUGUGGCGGAUGUCUUGUCAUGUACCCCCCAAUAGGUAUGGCUUUAGACACUAGCCCUCUUCUGCCUAGAGCUGUUCAACCUCAUGGAGAUUGCCCAAGAGAAUCAAGUUGA